UGAUUACUUACUUCUGUGAUAACUAAUACUAUUGUGAAUAGCUUUGGGUGAAGAAAUUGAUAAGAAACGGCAAUAAUAAGAAAAUACAAGAAGUUGUUUUGCAAGCAAUUAUUCUUGCCUUAUCGUUUUAACGUUUAAUGCCAUAAUAGCUCUCUAAAUAAUUGUUAAAAGAAGUGUUCAAAGUUCAUUUGGUUUAAGAUAAAAUGGAUAUGAAAUUCGGAAAACUGAUUGGCGCCAUAGACGAGGGAACUUCAUCGGCUCGUUUUAUCAUAUUUAAAGCUGGAACUGACGAGAUAGUAUGCAUGCAUCAAGUAACAGUAGAAUCUUCCUACCCCCGUGAAGGUUGGGUUGAACAAAGCCCUACGGCUAUAUACGAUGCAGUGUACGUUUGCAUUGAAGAAGCUGUGUCAAAGCUUAAAGAUCUUGGAGGUAACCCUAAGGAUAUUGUUGCUAUUGGUGUAACUAAUCAACGUGAGUCGGUUAUUGUAUGGGAUAGGCGUACAGGUAGACCAUUACAUAAUGCAAUAAUUUGGCUAGAUAAUCGAACAUCUUCCACUGUGGAUAAACUAUUGGACGGUAUACCAGAGGAAGUUCGAUCAAAAAGCUAUUUACAAAAACGAUGCGGCCUACCUUUAUCACCUUAUUUUUCUGCCUUGAAACUCCGUUGGUUGUAUGAUAACGACACAAAAAUCGCCAAAACGAUGGAAGAAGGCAACUGUCUUGUAGGUAAUGUUGAUUCUUGGCUAAUAUAUAUAUUAACGGGCGGACCAAGAAAUGGUGGUAUACAUGUAACAGACGUAACAAAUGCAUCACGAACAAUGCUUAUGAAUAUCAACACAUUGCAAUGGGACGAUGAAUUAAUUAAAUUUUUUGGUUUACCAAAGAAAAUUUUGCCAAAAAUUCGUUCUAGUGCUGAAAGAUACGGAUAUGUAAAAAUUGGUAGUUUAACAGGUGUUGAAAUAACGGCUUGUUUAGGUGAUCAGCAAGCUGCAUUGGUUGGCCAAAGAUGUUUACAACGUGGCUUGUGCAAAUCAACAUUUGGCACGGGAGCCUUCCUACUUUGUAAUACCGGCAACUCUGUUGUAUAUUCGGAUCAUGGUUUACUGACCACUGUUGCAUACCAGUUCGGUGCUGACAGCAAACCUGUUUACGCUUUGGAAGGUAGUGUUGCGAUUGCAGGUGCAGCUUUAAGUUGGUUACGUGAUAAUCUGGGACUAUUUAGUUCAACGCAGCAAGUUGAACAAAUGGCGCGAAUGGUGGACAAUGUUUUGGACGUAUAUUUUGUUCCCGCAUUUAAUGGUUUAUAUGCACCAUAUUGGGAUCAGAACGCACGCGGUGUUAUAUGUGGUCUGAGCGAGGAGACGACUAGUGAACACAUUGUCCGUGCCACACUUGAAGCUGUGAGUUUUCAGGUUCAUGACAUACUUGAUGCAAUGAAAAAGGAUUUUGGUUACCCAAUUGCUAAAUUGAUGGUUGAUGGAGGAAUGACUGUAAACACGCUAUUUCUCCAGUUGCAGUCCGAUCUGCUAGGCAUAGAUGUUAUCCGUUCACGUAUUGCAGAAACAACAGCAUUAGGCGCAGCGUUGGCAGCAUAUAAAGCAAUUGAACCAAGCUUUAAUAUUGAUAACGAUUUGAAUCAAUUUGAUUCUACAUUGUUGUAUAAGCCUCUUAUCAGCAGUAGUGACAGAGAGUCCAGAUACAAAAAGUGGAAGAUGGCCGUUGACCGUUCUCUGGCUUGGGAAUCAGCUGAAGAUUUAGAAGAUUAAAAUAUGCUUUUGAAUUAUAUUA